ACGAGGAGGAGGAGGAGCGAAACAGAAAAUGGCGGACGGUGUUGACCACAUCGAUAUUUACGCGGAUGUAGAAGAGGAAUUUAACCAGGAGUCGGAUUAUCCUGUUCAUGACCAGAUUGACCUGUAUGAUGAUGUCAUCUCUCCAUCUGCCAACGGGGACGCACCUGAGGAUCGAGAUUACCUGGAUUCCCUUCCGGCACCUGGAGGCAACGAGGGCUCCAAAGGGGCUCCAGCUAAUGUCGUCUACACCUACAAUGGCAAACGGAUCGCUCUGUACAUCGGAAACCUCACAUGGUGGACCACUGAUGAAGAUUUAACAGAUGCUAUUCGUUCAAUUGGCAUUAAUGAUGUUCUAGAGAUUAAGUUUUUUGAGAACAGAGCAAAUGGCCAGUCUAAAGGGUUUGCUCUGGUCUGCGUGGGAUCAGAUUCCUCUUCCAGGAAGCUUAUGGAUCUGUUGUCUAAACGGAGCUGCCACGGACAAAACCCGAUCGUCACCCCUUGCAACAAACAGUCUCUCAGCCAGUUCGAGAUGCAGUCACGAAAAAGCACACAGUCAGGACAGAUGUCAGGAGAGGGGAAGGCUGGUCCUCCAGGCUCAGGAUCUCGAGGUGGAGGAUUCCCUCCUGGCAAAGGUCAGAGACGCUUUCCUGGGCCACCUGGACAAGGAGACCGCUUCCCUGGGCCGGUUGGACCUGGUGGACCACCACCACACUUUCCAGGUAUGCAGGGCCUACCACGUCUUCCCUCUGGCCCACCUGGGCCCCUGGGACCCCCAGGCCCCCCUCCACCUGGACAAGGUCUGCCGCCUCCUCUCAGCGGACCCCCUAACAGAGGAGACCGUCCUCCUCCACCUGUCAUGUUUCCUGGUCAGUUCGGGCAACCUCCAAUGGGCCCAAUGCCUCCUGGGCCUCCUCCACCGGGAUAUGGGCCUCCCCCAGGCCCCCCUCCACCUCAGCAGGGACCACCCCCUCCAGGACCCUUCCCUCCCCGUCCACCUGGUCCCUUAGGACCCCCGCUUGGCCUCGCACCUCCACCGCACAUGCAGGGACCCCCACCUGGAGGUCCACCACCAGCUCCUCAUGUCAACCCGGCCUUCUUCCCACCGCCUGGAAACAACAUGCCAUCAUCUGACGGCAGAGGACCCCCACCUGGAGACCCCUACGGCCGCCCGCCUCCUUACGACAGAGACUUUCCUGGUGGCAGGGACAUGGAUGCGUCUCGCACUCCUCUGAGCGAAGCUGAGUUUGAGGAGAUCAUGAACCGGAACAGAGCGAUUUCCAGCAGCGCUAUUUCAAGAGCCGUUUCAGAUGCCAGUGCAGCUGAUUACGGCAGUGCUAUAGAGACUCUGGUGACUGCUAUCUCUCUGAUCAAGCAGUCAAAGGUUUCUGCUGACGACCGCUGCAAAGUUCUCAUCAGCUCACUGCAGGACUGCUUGCAUGGAAUCGAGUCCAAAUCGUAUGGCUCUGUGGCAGGCCGACGGGAGCGGUCCAGGGAGCGAGACCACAGUCGCUCUCGUGAGAAGAGCCGCCGGCACAAAUCUCGCAGUCGAGACCGACACGAGGAUUACUACCGGGAGCGCAGCCGAGAGAGAGACCGCCAUCGUGAGCGAGACAGAGACCGCGAGAGAGACAGAGAACGCGAGAGGGAAUAUCGCCACCGUUAGUGGGAGAAGAAGCUGAACGCAAGAGGAGGAGGAGGAGACGACGCCAGGAGCAACGAGGAUUCAUCACACACACACAAACACCGUCACGGAGAGCGCCGGACUCCGGACACACUAAAGAAAGUAGAGUUCUGUACAAUACUAUAUACUCACUCUCUUAAUUCCCUGCAGCUCUUUUUAUUUUGUACUUUUAUUUGGAAGUAGCUGUGUGCUUAAGUCAGUUCAGCUUGUUUUGGCCAAGGAAGUGAAUUAUUUGCCUGCUCGUUCAAAAGAGAAAAAAAAAAACACCAACUUUCCGACUGCUAUAAUGUUGUAAAUUGUCAGUUAGCUAGAUUUGUUUUUAGGAUCUUUUCAUUUCGUGUUUCUCUCCCUCCCCCCCUCCCCUCUUCCCAUCACCCAUAUAAUGUUUGUAAGUGUCUUUUGGCUUGAUUAUUAAAUAGAAUCUGUGUUGUAAUAAAGUGUGUACUGUUUAUACUUGA